GUUGAUUUAAAUUUCAAUGGCGACUAAUUAAAACAUUUACGUGAAAUGAAUAAAGCAUGUAUUUUAGUGGAAAUAAAAUACCACUUUACCGUAAAACAGGAAGUGAAAGCAACGAACCAAUCAACUCCACGGAAUAUAUGUCAUGCGCAGUAGAGUUUGUUAUGGCAGUGUGGCAUGGAUGUGUGAAGGUUAAUGCGAGCUACAACGUUACAACACUUAACUAAUACAUAGACAUUAUUUAAUUAAAGUUAAGGGAGAUUUACUGCUUUUAUAAGGUGUUUUGCUGCACAUCGGCGUGUACUUCUCACAGUCAUGGCCAGUCUGUCCAACUAUGCUGUACGUAUGGCCAGACUAAGUGCACAGAUCUUUGGGGAGGUUGUGCGUCCAACAGACACCAAAUCCAUGAAGGUGGUCAAGCUGUUCCAGGAGCCUCCCAUGGCGAGGAGGAAGGAGGUGUACGACUGGUACCCACAGCACAAGAUUUACUAUGCCAUGACCCAGAAGCUCAGGUUCCUGGGACUGUUCAGAGACGAGCACGAAGACUUCAAGGAGGAGAUGCGUCGCCUGAAGAUACUGAGAGGAAAAGGGAAACCAAAAAAAGGAGAAGGGAAGAGAGCAACCAAGAAGAAAUAAGCUGCUUUUCUUCUUCUUUUUAUGGAGGCAAACAUUGGACUGUGUACAUCACUGUAGUGGGAUGUUGAUCCUGAAGGAACUCCAUUGGUUUGGUCUGAAUGAUAAAGUUGCUUUGUCAGAAGUUUCUUUUGGAAGGAAUAAUCAGGUCAAAAUUACACAUGAAACAUUCUAUGUCAGUUGUAUUAAAGUGAAUUCCAUCCUUUUAUUGUUAAUAUUGUUCGAACCUUAUCUUUUCAAAAUGCAGAGAUUAAUAACACAUUUUGGUCUGUUUCAGGUAUAUUGUACCUCAUGUCAGCUCUGGACUAAGUUGUUAGCUGGUGUUAGAUUAACUGUAAUGGCUGGAAAAUAAGAAGCCUUUCAUACUUUCAAAAUAAAACCAGUUUGAUGAAUGCAA